AUGGAUCCGAGGAAUGCUUACAUGAAGGAGCUUCAUAAAGCUAAUAAGCGGAAGAUCACUGCCGCCUGGACAUCAAUUGGCUAUCGACGGUACUUCUUACGCUUCGCGUCGAUCUGUAAGACGGACAGCAACAACCGCCUCAUCCCGCCGAACAACUGGGACGCGACCAUCUACCCCGUGGACCUCGCUGCCUCCAACCUCGGCGACAUCGUGUCGCCUCGAGCGGCAAGUACUGGUCUACUCCAGGACAUUGUCCUCGGUGGCACGAGCCGCAACGAGCGUGCUCCUCACCUUGCUGCUAUGGGCAAGAACGGCAUGCUCGCUAUGUGGGAGGGCAGCUCGGCUGGCGGCGACCUCCAGGAGGGCGGUGACUGCACGAUCUUCGCUCAGGUGCUUGACCGUGCCACGGGCAAGGCUCUGAGCCAGAAGGUCACGGUUGACAAGUCGGUGGUGGGCAACCGCUACCAGGCCCUCAAGUCCUUCCCGGACGGCAGCGUGGCGUACCUGUCGAAGGGCAAGACCGACCAGUCGGUGCAGGUCGUGCGCUUCUUCGGCUGCUAG